AUGUGGCUCAAGUGUAACCCGUCAUUGUUGUGCUGUCUUGCAGAUAACUUCCUUUUUAGCGAUGAAAUCAUAGCCAAUGGUUUUCACUCCUGUGAUAGUGAUGAAGAUGACAGAGCCUCACAUGCAAGUUCUAGUGAUUGGACCCCAAGACCACGUAUAGGUCCCUACACUUUUGUUCAGCAGCAUCUCAUGUUAGGUACAGACCCACGGACAAUUCUGAAAGACCUGCUACCAGAAACAAUCCCUCCACCUGAACUGGAUGAUAUGACACUGUGGCAAAUUGUUAUAAACAUUCUUUCAGAACCACCCAAAAGAAAAAAACGAAAAGACAUUAACACUAUUGAUGAUGCUGUGAAACUUUUACAAGAAUGCAAAAAAAUAAUGGUCUUGACUGGAGCUGGGGUGUCUGUGUCUUGUGGAAUACCUGACUUUAGAUCAAGAGAUGGCAUCUAUGCACGCCUUGCUGUAGACUUCCCAGACCUUCCAGAUCCUCAAGCAAUGUUUGAUAUAGAAUACUUCAGAAAGGAUCCCAGGCCAUUUUUUAAGUUUGCAAAGGAAAUCUAUCCAGGACAAUUCCAGCCAUCUCUCUGUCACAAGUUCAUAGCUUUGAUGGAUAAAGAAGGAAAACUACUUCGCAACUAUACUCAGAACAUAGACACAUUGGAACAGGUUGCAGGAAUCCAAAGGAUAAUACAGUGUCACGGUUCCUUUGCAACAGCUUCCUGCCUGAUCUGUAAAUACAAAGUCGAUUGUGAAGUUGUUCGAGGAGAUAUUUUCAAUCAGCUCGCUAUCAUGAAGCCAGACAUAGUGUUCUUUGGAGAGAACUUACCUGAGCAGUUCCAUCGUGCCAUGAAGUACGACAAAAAUGAAGUUGAUCUCCUUAUUGUUAUUGGGUCUUCACUGAAAGUAAGACCAGUAGCAUUGAUUCCAAGUUCCAUCCCCCAUGAAGUGCCUCAGAUCUUAAUUAAUAGGGAACCUUUGCCUCAUCUACACUUUGACGUGGAGCUUCUUGGAGACUGUGAUGUUAUUAUUAAUGAAUUAUGUCAAAGGCUAGGUAGCGAAUACACAAAACUUUGCUACAACUCAGUAAAACUUUCAGAAAUAACAGAAAAGCCUCCCCGAACGCACAAGGAGCUUGAAAUACACUCAGCCGAGCUACCGCCUACCCCUUUAAACAUUUCGGAAGACUCUAGUUCACCAGAAAGGAUGACUCCACCAGAUACUUCGGUGGUGUCUUCAGAACACCCAGCUGAAUGUAAGGUAGAAAACUGUGAUCCUGCCUCAGAAACUAAAGGGACCUGCACAGAGGAAAAGCUUCAGGAGACACAGACAUCAGAAAACCCUGAAAAUCCUACUAGUGAAUUAAUGAACUCUGAAACAAUGAAGGAAAAUGGAUCUAACAAUGGAGAAAAUAAAGAAAAAAAUGAAAUAUUGAAGAAGUGCUGGGUAAACAGAUCUGCGAAAGAACAGAUUAGCAAAAGGCUGGAUGGUACUCAGUAUCUAUUUUUGCCACCAAAUCGCUAUAUUUUCCACGGUGCUGAGGUUUACUCAGAUUCUGAAGAUGAUAUCAUAUCUUCUAGCUCUUGCGGGAGUAGUAGUGAAAGUGGUUCAUGUCGUAGUCAGAGCUUAGAUGUGGAGGAUGAGAGUGAGAUCGAAGAGUUUUACAAUGGCAUAGAGGAUGAGGAUGCUCCUGAAAGGGAAGAGGAACCUGGAUUCGGGGAAGAUGGAGUUGAACAAGAUGAAUCGGCAGCCGAUGAAUCAGCUUAUGCAAAUGAAGCUGCAGGGACUGAUCAUCCAAGCAACAAGUUGUAAAGUGAUCACUGACUGGUUACAGGAACUUUCCACCAGCAUUAGGAGCUUUGGCAUGUCAGAAUGAAUGUUUACGUCUGAAUUUAGAGCAACAAAACCAUAAGGAUGUAGUGUUUAUAAACAACUAAAACAGAUUUUCAUGCUUAGUUUUUUACCUUUUUCAAUAAAUUCUAUUACUGCGCA